GGAUGCAUCGCCAAGGCGUGGAUCUGCUGGUCUCCAUCCGAUCGCAGAGGCGCACCAGCGUCCAACAGAGAAAAAGACAGACCACGGACCGCAGUCCAGUCCACACCGACGACUCUCUCUUUUGGAACUAUCUGUUUAUGUUUUAGAUGGCCUUUUGCUGUUGGCUUUAUUAAAGCUCAGCUCACACUCCUUUGAAGUUUUCUCUCUUUUCGUCUUCAUACGUUCUUUUUCUUCCUCUUCCUAUACAAACUUUAGUGUUUCCCCCUAUUAGUUGUACUGAUACUUCGGAAUCUGCUACGUCAUCUCGCUGACAUUGCAGCUGACGGUAAAUGUUCGCUUCAUCGUCCUGUAGAAGGCCCCGUCUUGAACUCGAUCAUUAUUUUUGUUUUUGUUCUUCGAAUGCGCUGUGCGUGAGAGAUACUCUCUGAAGAUGUUGUGGAAUCGAAGCGUUCAACGAUCGUUGAGUGCUGCCGCCCGCAUGGGCCUGCACAGGCCGGUGAGAGUUCAUCAAUCGGUCCCCUGCCUCGCUGCGAGGUACUUUUCGCGGACACCUGGGCUGUCGGCGACGAAUCCAUUGGAGCAAGAUAGCCGAGACGAUGACCGGGGUCGAGGUCAAGACUCUGAUCCCAACUUCAAAUCGACCAUCCUACGGAUGCUGGAGACAGCAGCAACCACGUUCGCUUCCAUUGCCGUGCUAGGCAUAGCGGGAUACUCCUACCAUCAGUAUUACAAGUAUCUAAUCUUGCAGAAGAUGGACAACGCUUUCAGUCCUGGUGACCCGGCACUCGAGGUUGCAGGUGUGGAAUAUGGAAAGCAUCAUUACCAUCACGACGAGCACUGGGUUGUCCGUAAUGAGCAGGAGAAACUCAACAGGAUCAUCCAGGGAAAAUCCGGUGGGCACUACUACCUCAUCAUUGGCGAGAAGGGUACCGGAAAGACCUCCAUGCUCCUUGAGGCGAUGCGAAAGACCAAUGGAGACGGCGUCGCCAUGUUUGAAGCGCACGGUGACCUCGAGAUCUUCCGAAUCAGACUCGGGAAGGCCCUCGACUUUGAGUUCCACGAAGAUUACAUCGGAAGUCUGUUCAGCAUCAGAGGGCCGCGAGAUACCACUGCCCUUCUUGACAUUGAGCGAGCGUUCAACAAGCUGGAGAAGGUGGCGCUUGCGCGAAGACGUAAGGGAGCAGCUCCUCUGGUCUUAGUAGUGAAUAGCACCCACCUGGUGCGAGAUGACCAUGAUGGCCAAGAUCUGUUGGAAAUGAUUCAACAGAGGGCUGAGCAAUGGGCAGCCAGCAGCUUGGUAACCACCGUGUUCAACAGCGAUGACUAUUGGGUAUAUGAACGAUUGAAGCGAUACGCAACGAGAAUGGAAGUAAUCCCAGUCUCCGAUCUUCCGAAAAGCCAGGCAAUGGCGGCGCUCAAGAGAUAUCGUAAGCAGUACUUUGGCGAGGACCUAUCAGAUCAAUCCCUUGAGACCAUCUACGAUAAGGUCGGCGGGCGAUUGUCGUUUUUGAACCGCGUCGCCAAGGCUAGGGAUUACAUGAAACUCUGUGACAGCAUUUGCGAAGCGGAAAAGACAUGGUUUCUCAACAAGUGCUGGAUCCUCGGUGAGGACAUGGACGAUGAUGUUAUGGAUCAGCAGAAGUAUGCGGGUCAUAUACUACCAGAAGUCCCGCUCCAUGUAGCUCGCCAGAUCAUGACCAGAGCCGACUUCAUCCAGAGCUACGAUCAUGAGAACAUCUUUACCAUUGACUCGCGCGGUAUGGUUCGAGCUGAUUCUGUCCCUAUGCAGAACGCAUUCCGGGAAAUCUGCUCAUGGCCAAACUUCGAGGAGCAUCUGGAAGCGACUCUCAAGCGGAUUGGAGACAUUGAGAGCUUGGGACGUACCCGCGAACUUACCCUUAAGGAUCUCUGGGACAAAGGCAAAUACCAGAUUACUAUGCGAGAUCCCAAGGGCCGCGAAAGCGGUACUGUUGAGGUCUCAGUCAAGGAACGAGAGGAUGAGGAUGAUGAUUGAAGAUGAUACCACGGUGAAUGUGUGUGUAUUUUUAUUGCUGCUGGAUAUAUAUUUCUUUCUGUAUGAUUAUUUAUGUCUAUGUAUAUUUACUCUGAUGACUUUUAAGUACCCCUCUAGAUGUGUCCG